UCAGGCCUUUCAGCCCUUUGCAGAACUUUGACCCUUUGGAGGCAGGGCAGUCUGCAGGGGGAAGUCUAGCCCCCAGCUCUGAUUCUGAGCAGUGUAACUGGCUCCUGGCCCAAUCUGCCCUGAUCAGCUGGAAGCGCCCGGGGCUGUUUCCCUGCAGUUUGGAGUUACUGCACCUUGUGUUCUAAAGCCCCGCCUGCCCUUGGGGCUUCCCGCCCCCUCUUCUGAUCCCCCUUGUGGGAGAGAGACCUGUCCAAGCAGGGCCCGGACUACAUCUCCCAGCGUGCCUGGCAGAGUGGUGGCCUCUGUGCGCCGGCUGCACCAGUCGUGGGCAACAAUGCAGCGGGCAGUGAGCAUGGUGGCCCGCCUGGGCUUGCGUCUGCAGGCGUUCCCCUCCACCCUGGGCCGUCCGCUCAGUUGCACACAGGAUGUGCUCCGAAGGACACCACUGUAUGACUUCCACCUGGCCCAUGGCGGGAAGAUGGUGGCAUUCGCGGGCUGGAGUCUGCCUGUGCAGUACCGGGACAGCCACGUUGACUCACACCUGCACACACGUCAGCACUGCUCACUCUUUGACGUGUCCCACAUGCUGCAGACCAAGAUCUUUGGUUGUGACCGGGUAAGGCUGAUGGAGAGUCUAGUGGUUGGAGAUAUUGCAGAGCUAAGGCCAAAUCAGGGGACACUGUCGCUGUUUACCAAUGAGGCUGGAGGCAUCUUAGAUGACUUGAUUGUGACCAACACCUCUGAGGGGCACCUGUAUGUGGUGUCCAAUGCUGGCUGCUGGGACAAGGACUUGGCCCUCAUGCAGGACAAGGUCAGAGAACUUCAGAACAUCGGCAGUGAUGUGGGUCUGGAAGUGGUGGAUAAUGCCCUGCUAGCCCUGCAAGGCCCCACUGCGGCCCAGGUGCUACAGGCUGGCGUGGCAGAUGACCUGAAGAAACUGCCCUUCAUGACCAGUGCUGUGAUGGAAGUGUUUGGUGUGUCUGGCUGCCGCGUGACCCGCUGUGGCUACACAGGAGAGGAUGGUGUGGAGAUCUCGGUGCCAGCAGUGGGGGCAGUCCGCCUGGCAACAGCUCUGCUGGAAAACCCGGAGGUGAAGCUGGCAGGGCUGGCAGCCCGGGACAGCCUGCGCCUGGAGGCAGGCCUCUGCCUGUAUGGGAACGACAUCGAUGAACACACCACACCUGUGGAAGGGAGCCUCAGUUGGACAUUAGGAAAGCGUCGCCGAGCUGCCAUGGACUUCCCUGGAGCCACAGUCAUUGUUCCCCAGCUGAAGGGCAAGGUGCAGCGGAGGCGUGUGGGAUUAAUGUGUGAGGGGGCUCCUAUGCGGGCACACAGCCCUAUCCUGAGUACAGAGGGCACUGUGAUUGGUACUGUGACCAGUGGCUGCCCCUCACCCUGCCUGAAGAAAAAUGUGGCGAUGGGUUAUGUGCCCUGUGAGUAUAGUCGGCCAGGUACCCCGCUGCUGGUAGAGGUGCGGCAGAAGCAGCAGAUGGCUGUGGUCAGCAAGAUGCCCUUUGUGCCUACAAACUACUACAUCCUCAAGUGAGGAUGGCUUGGGGUAGUGCCCUCCCCUCCAGGAGCUUUGCUCUGGAAGGCACUCUACAAGGUGUUAGUCAGGAAGCUGAGGCAGAACACAGUGGGAGCAGAUGGCUAGGGUGGAGGCUGGUUCUGGUUGUCUGGUUGAGGGGGGCCACACCACCUAUUCCUCCCUCAUCCUGUGCCACUCCAACUUGAAGACCUCAUUUUGGAAUGACAUACCAGCUCACCCAAAAUCCUGUUUCAGCCCACACUCCCACUGACCCCACUCUUGGCUGCUGGAGAGCUGAGAAGCAUCAGUUCUGACAUCUAUCCCUUCCACUCUGCCAGGUGCUGGCUGGGAGAAAGGCUCACCUUUAGGGGGAAGAUAAAGCCUACCCAACUUACCACAGUUCCUCACACUGCAAAGGGUUAUUACCUUGGGCAGUGCUGGCCACCUUCUCCAGUUUACCUUCCAUAAAUACAUACUGCUGCCUCUCCCUGGGCAGGAAUGAUUCCUGACUCACAGAGGGUUGGCCCAGUAGUGUUGCUGUGCCAUGUGUAAACUUGGGGAUGGCUGAGGGGGCAUGGACUCACUCUUCCACAUUCCCAAGGUGGCCCAGCCUCCUGCCCAGUAGCAAAUCAUGCCAGACUCACCACCUGUUCUGAGCCCCAGGGCUGUUGUAGGGCAGCCUGGGCCUCUUCUUGGACUUGCCUUAACCUGGGCUGACCUUCACCCCAAGGGCCCAUUACUGGACUCCACUGACUCCUAAAAAACAUUAAACAAGCUUCCUUCCUUCUUGCUUCUCAGAA